GGCCUCUGCUCAAAGGCUAGCUAGUUAGUGUCAGUAAGCACAAAAUGGGAAGGUUAGGUUUUCUGCUGCUUCUGCUGUCUGUCCAUGUUCUUGCGACCAAUGUGGUUGCCAGAAAUGUGGCAAACGUGAGACGCGACCAAGAUGAUAAGUUCCAGACUGUUGGGAAGGAAGGGUUGUUUGGUGGUGGAGCCGGUGGAGGUGGCGGCUUUGGAGGUGGGUUCGGUGGAGGACAUGGCUUUGGUGGUGGUGCUGGUGGUGGCUUCGGAAAAGGUGGAGGGCUAGGUGGUGGUGCUGGUGGGGGCUUUGGAAAAGGUGGAGGGCUAGGCGGUGGUGCCGGAGGAGGUUUUGGAAAGGGCGGAGGUAUAGGUGGCGGGAUAGGUAAGGGUGGGGGCUUAGGCGGUGGUUUCGGAAAAGGGCGUGGCAUAGGAGGUGGUGCCGGUGGAGGUUUUGGAAAAGGUGGAGGUCUAGGAGGUGGUCAUGGUGGUGGAAUAGGAAAAGGAGGAGGUCUAGGAGGUGGACAUGGCGGUGGUUUUGGAAAAGGUGGAGGUAUAGGUGGUGGAAUAGGUAAAGGAGGAGGUUUAGGAGGUGGACAUGGCGGAGGUCUAGGAGGUGGAAUAGGUAAGGGAGGAGGUCUAGGAGGUGGUCAUGGUGGUGGGAUUGGUGGAGGAGGAGGAGUAGGAGGCGGGCAUGGUGGUGGGAUUGGUGGAGGAGGAGGACUAGGAGGUGGGCAUGGUGGUGGGAUUGGUGGAGGAGGAGGCCUAGGAGGCGGGCAUGGUGGUGGCAUUGGUGGUGGAAUCGGAAAAGGUGGUGGUCUUGGGGGAGGAGCAGGUGGUGGCUUUGGAAAGGGAGGUGGACACGGUGGAGGAGUGGGUGGCGGCUUUGGAAAAGGUGGUGGUAUAGGGGGUGGAGCAGGUGGGGGCGGAGGUGCCGGAGGUGGCGUUGGGAAUGGUGGUGGCUUUGGAGGUGGGGGUGGCUUUGGGAAAGGUGGAGGCCUUGGCGGUGGCAUUGGAAAGGGAGGAGGAUUUGGAGGCGGCUUUGGAGGGGGUAGUGGCGGAGGCAUUGGAGGGGGCUUUGGCAAAGGUGGGGGCUUUGGCGGUGGAUUCGGUGGAGGAGGAGGCGGUGGUGGGGGCAUCGGACACCACUGAACCUCGCUUUGCAUGCGGCUAACCUAAUGAAUGGAAUAUUAUAAAAUAUUACGGACGUAUUUCAUGUACUUCUAUUGCGUUGGCAUUGCUACUAUUGGGGAAUCGUUUCGUUGAUUUGUGGGAAGGUCUGUAUGAGUGAGAAUUAGCAUGGUGCGGUUCUAGAAAGGAGAGGUAAUGGCGUUGGCUUUUGUGGACAUGUUCAUCCUCUGUGAAGAUAAACACACAUAUUUACCGUUGUAUCUA